AUGCAAGAACAUCUCGAACGCUAUUACAAGAUCGAUGGCACAGACUACUGGGAGGGUGACCUCAAGAAGGUGUACGCCGGUACAGCUACAUUCUACAUUUACAACAAGCAUCUCUACACCCGCCCAGAGCUUGAAAGGCUCUGCACCGUCUGGGGCCAAUGCUGCAACAUCAACGGUCAUCGCUACACUAGAGAACAACUAGAAUCAUGGCUCUCCAUCAUAAACGCCAAACCUGCGCGGGCAUACCGUCUCAGCGGGAUUACAUGCACUGAUAGAUCGUUGGAGCGAGCAUUAAAUCGUUUCAAGCACGAUGAAUACUCCGUUGGGGUCAUGAUGGGCACUGGUAGAGGGAAAGAUGUGGUUUCGGAUAAGGAGAGCGAAUGCAGUGAGGUGGAUCUACCCGCGGUAAAGAGGCGUAAAAAGGAGGACAUGGAGAAGGAGAUCGUGGAGAAAGUCUUGGCGAGCUUGAAGUCUAAGAUCAGGACCGUCAAGAGACACAAAAUGAUUGAGGCCGAGGUUAAGAGGUUAAAGAGAUUGUUGGCGGAAAAAGAAGCGGACUUGGCUGAGUGUGAGAGGAUCAUGCAGUUGGAAGUCAGCCAAGUCAAUACUAACUAA